AUGUCUCGAGUCACCAAUAUUAAAUUCAGAGACAGGAUGAGCACAUUUCAUGGACCUCGUCUUUGGGCAGCACUUGGUAUCGACGUCGCCACGAACCCCGGAGACCAACAGAUUGUCCUCCAUGUGAUUCGACGGAACUACAAUCCUUUGCUUUAUGAUGGUCUUCAAGCUGGAAGUACUUGGAAGCAGAUAUUUUUAGGUAACAGGACAUAUGAGAUCAGAGAUAGGUUUAUCAUUACGCGAAAUCAGUUGCCAGCUAUAGUCCGUGCUCAUGUCCCAGAUUCAACGGAGCUUGCCGAGCGUAUGUGGGAUCUUCUUCGGUUUUACCGCUUCACUGACGCAUCGUGGACAGUUGUCAAUCCUGCUUAUCCUACUACUUUCCCUGCCCGUGUCCCUGCCGCUGCUCCUGGUGCUAUAUUUGCACCUCCUCUUACGGCGGCGGCUGCGGCUGCUUUAGCUGCAAUUCCUGGGGCUGGUGCUGCUAAGGCUCCUGCUAUAGCUAAGUUACCUGUCCUCGCUCCCGCUCCUGCUAAGCUACCUGUUCUCGCUCCCGCUCCUGCUAAGCUACCGGUCCUCGCUCCCGCCCCUGUCCUUGCUCCAGCUCCUAUCCCUGCUCCUAUUGCUGCUCUAGCCCCUGCUCCUGCUCUAGCCCCUGCUCCUGCUCUAGCCCCUGUUCCUGCUCUAGCCCCUGCUCCUGCUCCUCCCGAUUCUCCACACGUAUCUCGCCGUCUUCCUAUCCGUCAACCUUCAGGGCAGACCGUCCAUAAAAAGAGCUUUAUAGCUGUAGGGCCACCAGUAAUGCCUGCUGCACCUAUGCCUGCACCUUUCCCGGCACCUAUUCCGGCACCUAUUCCCGCACCUUUUCCUGCACCUAUUGUUGCACCUAUUCCUAUACCUAUUCCUUAUGCUACCCGUAUACUUGAGUUUGACGGUGACAUUGAAGAUGAAAUCGAAGAUGACACCGAAGAUGAUGUUGAAGGUGGUGCUGAAGGCGGUUUCGAAGGCGGUUUUCAAGCUGGCUUAGAAGGCGGUUUCCAAGGCGGUUUAGAAGGCGUUUUCGAAGGUGGUUUCCAAGGCGGUUUCGAUAAAGGUUUUGAAGGCGGUUUUCAAGCCGGUUUAGAAGGCGGUUUCGAAGGCGUUUUCGAAGGCGGUUUCCAAGGCGGUUUAGAAGGCGUUUUCGAAGGUGGUUUCCAAGGCGGUUUCGAAGGCGGUUUCGAAGGCGGUUUCGAAGGCGGCUUUGAGGCUCUUCCUAUAGCUGGACCUGCAGCUUUUCCCGCACCUUUCCCUGCACCUUUCCCUGCACCUAUUCCCGCACCUAUUCCCGCACCUAUUCCUGCACCUAUUCUUGCACCUAUUCCUAUACCUAUUCCUUACGCUACCCGUAUACUUGAGUUUGACGGUGACAUUGAAGAUGAAAUCGAAGAUGACACUGAAGAUGAUGUUGAAGGCGGUGCUGAAGGUGGUGUUGAAGGCGGCUUUGAGGCUGAAUUCGAGGCUCUUCCUACAGCUGGACCUGCACCUGGCCCUGCACCUGGCCCUGCACCUGGUUUUGUACCUGGCUAUGUACCUGGCUACGCAGCUGAUCCUGCAGCUGGCCCUGUGCCAGGGGGCUCCGAUUUGGCCGCUGCAAUGGCAGCUCCAUCUCCAUCUCCUACUAACCCAGCAGCUUUCGCAAAAUAUGUUAAGCAUACCAAUCUGAAGCGGCGUAAGGAUUCCGAAGCGGAGGAUGGACAGACUCCCCCGCCACAAAAGAAGAAAGCGCGCGCCUCUCAAUCGCCAAAGGGUAAGGCUGAAUGGAAGUUGUUCACUACUCUAAGUGACUCAUCUUCAAGCAAAGGACCAAGUCAAGAUGCCGAGGAUGGACAGCCUCCCCCGCCACAAAAGAAGAAAGCGCGCGCCUCUCAAUCGCCAAAAGGUAAGGCUGAAUGGAAGCUUUUCACUACUCUAAGUGACUCAUCUUCAAGCAGAGAACCAAGCCCAGAUGCCGAUGGUGAUAUCCGGAUGGGUGGCACUUAUAAGCCUUAUAAGAUUAAGAAUAAGUCCGUUGAACCAGAGACUACCUGGGGUAGUACAGUACGAGGUUAUCUCAAAUCCUUUGGCCGCAAAACACCUUCUGAAGAGCCAGAAGAUAUCCCAGAUUCUGAAAUAAGGGAGUCAUCGGAUACUGAAAUGACUGAUGUGUUAAGUUUGAGUUCGGAGGAGGAUGAGGAGGAGCAGGGGAAUAAUGAGGACAGUGAAGAGAACAGUGAGGAGGACAGUGAUGAUAAUGAGGAUGAUGAGGAGGACAAUGAGGAUAAUGAGGAGGAAAAUGAGGAUAAUGAGGAGGAAAAUGAGGAUGAUGAGGAGGACAGUGAGGAUAAUGAGGAGGACAGUGAGGAUAAUGAGGAGGAAAAUGAGGAUGAUGAGGAGGACAGUGAGGAUAAUGAGGAGGACAGUGAGGAUAAUGAGGACAGUGAUGAGAGCAUGAGUGGUUGA